ACAUUAUAACCUCACUUUUCAGUUCAGUGUUUGGCAGUUAUUUUUUUCGUUUUUCCGUAAAAUUUUUUCGUGCUUUUUUGAGUGGCGUUUGGCGUUUGUCGUGGUAAUUUUGUGUUCGUGUCGAAAGCUUCGCGCCGUGAUACGGGGUACUUUGAAAUGCUGAAUCGGUUCGCGUCGCGGGGUUCGGAAUCGAGCUUCUAAUGGUGCGGUUUUUGAAUCGGUCGUGCGAGUUUUUCCUUUGUGAUUUUGCUUUUAAAGGAUGAGUGAUACAUCGGAGACGCCGAGUCUCAGCGAGUCGGUUGUUUCGGUCGCUUCUCAACGCUCAACUGCAUCUACUGCUUCUGGAAUCAGGCCCCCAUCGAAAAUCAGUAGAUUAGUAAGGCCAAAACCAGUGCCUGCCACGCCGAGUAAAGGGUCGAUCGACGAAAACGAUGAAUUCGUUGCACCGCUCUCUAUCAACAGAAGGAGAAGUUCCGAACGUCGAUUUUCAAAUGCUGGAUCGGAUUCGGGUUGGGCCGAUGCACGGCGCCUCAGCGAGGCCGGCGUUCGACGAACCUCCGAUGCCAGUGUCGUUCUCACUGAAGACACAGAUAGCUUCAUCAUCGGAGACCGAGUCUGGGUUGGAGGAGCUAAACCUGGACAAAUUGCUUACAUCGGUGAGACUCAGUUCGGGCCCGGAGAGUGGGCUGGCAUCGUACUCGAUGAACCCAUCGGUAAGAAUGAUGGAUCCGUUGCUGGAGUUCGCUAUUUCCAGUGUGAACCAAAGAAAGGGGUGUUUUCUCGGCUUACUCGCCUGACAAAACACAGCUUAGACUCAGGCACAUUGACUGGUCUACUCACCGGAACAGCAGAUGCUAGAAAAUCGUCGAUUUCCACGCCUCAACCACGCAAAUACUCAGCUGCAUCCACCCCUUCCAUGGUUUCACCCACAUCCAGCGUCAAAAGUUACUCCCUUACCACACCCAGUCGCAAAGCCAGUUCAGGCGAACUGAAAGUCGGAGACCGUGUCAUCGUCUCAAGCAAUCAAGGCAGCAAAGCUGGAAUCCUCAGGUACAAGGGUCCUGUAGAUUUCCAGCCUGGUGAAUGGUGCGGAGUGGAAUUGGAUGAGCCCAUGGGCAAAAACGAUGGCUCAGUGGCCGGUAGAAGGUACUUUGAGUGUGCUCCAAAUUUUGGCCUUUUCGCCCAAUCUUCAAAAGUGAGUCGAUCCCCUAUUGGAGCCAAUAGACGGCCAUCCUGCGCUGUGCACAACAGUGCCAUAAAAAGAUCUGGUUCUCGCGAAUCUCUCCAAUCCUCUUUUAGUACAUCCACCGCUGCCUCUGGUAUUCCAACAAUGAGGAAACCUGCAAUUCGAGCGUCUGUACCGGCAACACCAUCGAGGACACCUCUGCAGGAUGUUUUGAAAGAAAAAAAUGCGUAUAUCGAGCAGUUAUUGAAGGAGCAAGAGUUGGCACGAUCUCAAUUUACGAAAGCAGCAACCCAAGUUGGAGACACAGAACUCAAACUAAAUACUCUACAGAUUGAAUUUGAUCAAUUUCGUAAGGAGGUCGAUGUGAAUCGGAAGAAGUUUGAAGAAAGUAUAGCUAAAUUAGAAAAAGAAAAACGAGAAUUGAUAGAGCAACUAGACGAUGAAAAACGCAAAAGUGAGGAUCUCCAGUUCAGAGUCGAAGAAGAGUCCAUCGAAAAAAGUGAACUCCAGACUCAAAUUGAACAGCGGUCAAAAAGGGUAGCUGAAUUAGAAACUUUAGUGAAAGAAGGGAAUAGCAAACUUGGACAGACAGAUGCUGAAUCCAAUAAAUUAUUUGAAACUGAAGAAGCGUUGUUAAAAGUGCGGGAAGAGCUGGAGGCCAUCCGCAAAUCAUCCAAAACCAAUGAAGAAACACUACGAAAACAGUUAAAUGAAACUCAAACUAAACUAGACAAUAGCGAAAAAUUUGUCAAAGACCUACAAAACGAAGUAGAGAAACUCAGGGAAGAAUCAGCCGCCAGCUUGAGUAAAACGGUUGAAGAUUUGAAUAACGAGAUCUCCAAGUUAAGAAUAGAAUGCGAUGAAGCUUCAGACAAAAUGAAAAUCAUGGAGCUUGAAAACACUAAAUUAAAAGAGGAGGUCGAGUCUAUGGAAAAGUUAUCAAAAUCCCACGAGGAAAGUUUGCAAAGUGAAUUUAAUAUUCAAAUUUUGAAAUUCAAAGAGCAGAUUCAGUUGUUAGAAAUAGACAAAAAAAGAGAGAAAGAAAAGGCUGAUGAACUAAGUGCGAUAAUAGAUGAAUUAAAUAAGAACAAAUUAGAAGAAGAAAAAAAAUUAAGAGACUCUAAUCUUGAAUUAGAGAAGAAAAUAACUUCACUUGUCAAUGAAUCAACGAUGAAUUUAGAAUCAAAAUCCAAUAGCUAUGAGAAAAAAGUAAAGGACCUAUUAAAUGAGGUUAACGAAAAAACAAGCACGAUAGAACAACUUAAAUCUCAGCAAAAAUUAGUGGAAGAUAAUGCUAAAAAUCUUGAGAUUAAAUUACAGUCACAGCUGAAUGAUUUGCAAACAUCUUUAGAUCAAAAAUCUAAAGAACUUGAACAAUUAAAAAAAGAUAUGGAAGAAAAAUUGUCCAAUUCAAGCAAAGCGGAAGAAGAUUCGCGUCUAGCUUUUGAGAAGCAAUUAGGAGAUAAAGUUGAAGAAUGUAACAAAUUAAAUGAAAAACUAUCUUCGCGAGAAGUAGAAGUAACGGAACUGAAAACAGCCAUGGAAACAAAGCUGUCAGAAUUUAAAAAUCUGGAAGAUAAAUUAUCAGAAGAAUCGAAAAAACGAAAAUCAUUAGAGAAUGAGCUUCAGUUAAGACUUGCCGAGAGCUCAGGUUCUGCCGAAAAAAACACAGAGCUCGCUGAAACUUUGAAAAAACUUCAGGAUGAAUUGGCAAGUAGCAACAAGAAACGGGAGCAACUUGAAGCCAAGUUGCUGAAAAAAGCGGAAGAUUUUAAGGAACUUGAAGAAAAAUUAAAAUUAGUCCAAGCUGAGUUCUCAAACAUCGAGGAAAAAUUAAGUAAAAAAUUAGAUGAAUUUGAGACGGUUCAAAAUAAUUUAGCUUCAAAAUCCUCGGAAUGUGAGAAGUUAGCUGUAGAGUUAAAGGAGAAGGUGAAUCUCGUAAAAACAUUGGAAAAUGAAUUAAAUAAAAUGGAGGGAAAGCUGAUUGAAGUCGAGGGAAAACACAGUGAUGUAACCAAAAGUCUCGAUCAACACCUACAAGAAUUCAGAGAACAACAAGUUGAAAUUGAUAAGAAAACAGAGGAACUUGCUCGCAUUAGUGAGGAAUUGAAACUGAAAGACAUUGAAAUUAGCAAAUCAUCAGAAACCAUCAAACAGUUGAACGAUUCGAUGGCAAAUGCAGAAAGAUCGAUUGAAGAACAAACAGAAAUUAUUCGAAAUUUAAAUAAUGAAAAAAGUGACAUGGGAAGGAAAAUACAAGAUUUGGAAGAAAAGUGUGAAAGCCUCAUCCAGCAGAAACAAAAAUUGGAAGACAACAUUUCGGAACUCAUGAAUAAUUCCAGCAGUUCAUCUGAGCAGCUGACCAGGCUUCAUUCAGAGCUCAGAGAAAAAGGUCAAGAAGUUGAAGGGCUUAGAGAAGCGUUGAAUGAAAAAACGAGAGCUGUUGAAAGAAUUGAAGAAGACCUGCGACAGCAGUUAGAACUCCUCUCUGAAAAGAAGAGCAAAUUGGAGGCUGCCUCAAAAGAAGAAAUUGAGAAAUUGAAGCAAGAGCAUGCAAAUAAUUUAGCAGCUCUAAAAAGUACACAUGAAGCAUCAUUAAUAAAUUCUUUAAAUGAAAUGGAGAAGGUUAAAUCUGAAUCGAUCAGUACUGAAACAAAUUUGAAAGAACAGAUCAAUCUUCUCAUAGCAGAGAAAAAAGACCUCGAAACCAAGUUGGAGUCGUUUAAAGAUAGAGAAACUCAGUUGGAAUCGGAGUUGAAAGUUCUCCAAAAAGAAAAGCAGCAGAUGGAAAAGGAUCUAAAGGAAAUCAGUGAUGUGAAAGCUAAAACUGAUUCUGACCUUGAGGCGCAACUAGCUGAAAAAGAAAAUAGCAUAAAAAGAUGCGAACACCAAUUUGAAAUGUUCCGACAGUCUGCUAACCUUAUGGAGGAAAAGUUCAAAAAGAAAGUGGAAGAACUUACUCAAUCUUUAUCCAAAAAAGAUACUCUCCUAACCUCAGCAAAUAUUCAAAUAGAUGAGUUAAAAGUAGACUAUGAGACAGCAGAGGCCAGGAUACAGGAUUUGAAAACUAAAGUCAGUAAGAAGAAAGAAAAGAUUGAAAUGCUGAACAGAGAGUUACAAGAUACCAAAAAUCUUGCUAAAAAUUUGCAGACUGCUGUAACAGAAAAAAUUGAGUUGUUGGAGAAACAGGAGAAAGAAAUACAAUGCCUCAAAGCAGAAAAAGAAUCUUCCGUCCUAACUGCCGAGGAAAAAAUCAGGAACCUUGCUGAUUUAGAGAAAACUCAAUCACAGUUUGCUGAAAAAGAGGUUUCUUUAGUAAAAGAAAUUGAGAGUCUGAAGUCUGAAAGUAAUAAAAUCAAUGAAGACAUGAAGGCCAAAGAAAAUCAACUUCAAGAUUUACGUACAAAAAUUGAAAAUCUUCAGAGAGACAGGGUAGACAAAGAGAAUGAUUUGAACAAAGAAAUCGAGACUUUGAACGUCGAAAAAAAUCGCAUUAGUCAAAUACUCGAAGAAAAAGAUGAAAAAUUGAAAUCUUUAUACGCUGAGAUUGAAAGUAUCUCCCACAAAACGGCUGAAAAGGAAACCCUGCUCAAAGUUAAAAUUGAAAAUCAGCAGAAAGAGUCAGAAGAACUUACAAAACAAUUAGCUGAAAAGAGUAGUCAGAUUCAAAUAAUUAGUUCAGAGCUUGAACUUCUGCAAUCUAAAAAUCACUCUCUCAACGAUGAGCUGUCUGAGAAGACAAACAAGAUAAAAACUCUGACUGAAGAGUUGAACUCUCUGAGACAAAGUAUUGCCCAAAAUAGUUCAGAUAAAGACAAGAUUAUUUGUGAGAAAAAUAAUAUUAUUUCGGAUUUGCAGCAAGAAAAAACGGCUAGUCUUAAAUCUUUCAAUGCCGAAGUAGAAUCUUUACAAAAAUCAAACAACAUUUUGUCCGCUGAGUUAGCAGCUAAAAAUUUGUCUCUUACUUCUUUGACGGAAGAAAUAAGCAACUUGAAGCAAAACAUAUCAACCAAUUCUGAAAACAAAGACAGUGCCUUAUUUGAAAAAGAAAAAAUCAUUGCAGAGUUAAAAACGGAAAAAGAAAAUGUCAACUCUAAUCUAAGCUCUCUCAUCACCAAAUAUGAGGAUUUGAAGACAAGGUUCGAGAAAGAAAGAGCUAGUCUUGAAGAAAAGCUAAAAAUUAACGAAAAAGAACAGAAAGCUCUGGCGGAAUUGAAAUCUACACUAGAGAAGGAGAGUGAAGCAAGCAAGAAGCAGAUAAUUGAAAUGAGCCAUACACUAAAUACUAAGAAUGAGGAAAUGUCAUCGAUGAUAUCAGAACUGGACACAUUAAGGAGAGCCAUGGUUGAUGCAGCACAGGUUCAAUCUGAAUUAAACGCUCUGAAGUUUGAGAGAGAUGAACUUUUGAUCAAACUUGGUUCUGCGCAAGCAUCGGCAACUCAAUCUCUAAUUGAUGCUAAAAGCGGAGAUCCUGCCUUCAAGCAGUUACUAGAAGAGAAAGAAUUAGCCGACAGCCAGGUUAAUUUCUUGAAUUCCAUCAUAGCUGACCAGCAAAAGAAACUUGACUCUCUUAACAAUCAGCUGGAACAACUUUAUCUGGAUCCCAACACAGCAUUCAAUCCCGUCAAGGAAAAGAAAAUCCCAGCUCCUCGCUUAUUCUGUGAUAUUUGCGAUGAAUUUGAUCUCCAUGAAACGGAAGAUUGUCCACAACAAGCAUCUGAGUCUCCACCGCCAGAAAGAAGAACUAAAACGGGCGUUAAACCUGAGCCCCGCCCAUAUUGUGAAAAUUGUGAAGUGUUUGGCCAUGAUACUGAAGAUUGUGAUAAGGAUGAAACUUACUAAGCCUCCCACCGACAUCUUCUACUUUCCUUGUCUUUAUUUCUUUUUCUUUAUUUAUUUUUUUUUAUAAUUUUCCCUAAUGCCUCUCUCAUGAAUCAAAUUAUUUUGGAAGGUUUCUCUGUCCAACUUCAUGAGUUUCUUUUGGGACUACUUUAAAGAAUUUAGCAAUUUAAAAAGGGCAGCAAAAGUUUGAAAAUGUACUUUUAAAUGUCUUUCCUUGAGCUCUCUCAUGUAGCGGCCUAUUUGUUGAUUUUUAGUUUUAAUUUUGUUUUUUAUUCUUGUUAAUAUUGUUGAUUUUGUUUUAACUCUUAGGGUCUUUCAGGCUUUUUUGCUGUUUGUUUUGAAAAUUAAAUUCUCUCUAAAGGAGCUGCAACUAACAAAUCAGCUUGACCCAUAUUUAUUGAUACCGAUGGAUUAUAUACCUGUGUGCAUUAAACAGUUGUCACUAUUUUUGGUAAACUUUCAUACCGGCGACAGGAUUUCUUUAGUUUUUCACUUGAAACGUAUCUUCUGGGAUUGAAUUUUUAUCCCUGUGAAGUAGAUAAAACACAAAAAUGUAAUGUGUUUUACUUUGUUUUAUUUGCCAGAUAAAGUUAUGAAAUGAAAAAAAAAAAACAUUCAGAUGCCUGUUAAACAUCAUGUUACAGUCGAGAUUUUGUGUUUAUUGUUUAAAAUUUAACCUUUUUGUUUAAAUCUCUUCUUGCCAUUACUCAUGCAUUAAUAUCUGAAUAUCUUUCUAAUUUUUGAGCUUUUUGAUCCGUAUUUAACAGCCAUUUUUGGCCAAGUGUGCCAUUUUGAUCUCGCAAUGAUGUGUUUUUUCCUUGUCUAUGACACCUUUUUUGGGGUUUUCCUAGAGACUCUUUUUGGUUACAAAUCGUUAAACCCCUUCACCACAUUAUGAAUCAUUUUUAGACAAAAAUUCUCUUUUUAUUUAUUUGAUCAAAUCAAGAAUGUCAUACUCUCACGCACUCUGUUGCAUCUCUGAAAAAUAAAUCAUGCCUUUUGUUUUACUGGUAAUUUUUAGUGUUUCAACUUUCAACAAUCCUUGAACAUUGAAAGGCUCUUUAAUCAAAAACCAACAAAAAAAAUUGACUUUGAUUAAUUUAAGACUCAUUUUACAAGGAUAAGAACAAUAAUUCCAAAAUUAUCUUGAAUGUACCAAUUUAUUUUUCUUAAUUUAUGGAGAGCGCACCUCCUUUGAAUCUGGCUUUAUGCACUGGAGUACUGGAGCAAUUCAUAAUUUGCAUCUCAGAUUUUCAGGUGUUCAUUGAAUGGAUAUUGCUCUUAUCAUAAAUUUUUGUGUCAAACUAGUUGGUAGAUUUUAUUAUAAUUAUUUGAUUUUAAUUGAAGUACCUGUAGGGCAGAGUAUUUAUAAUACUUGUCUUGUCUAUUACCAAAUGAUUUUGGAGUGUAAAAGCCUUUUUUCUGUCUCCCCCCGAGGGCCUUUUUUUUAUCAUUCUGCUCAUGCAGAUUUUAUCUUUAUUAUUCCUCUUUUAUUCAUUUCCUGUAAUGACGUAGUUUACAAAUAGACUUCCAAAGAAGAUCUUUUUUAUAUUUUUUGUCCGUGAAAAUGCUUAAACACCAUUGCUGUACUUAUGGUUGUGAGAAGGCUGCCCCAAAACAACUAAAAGUUAUCUUGCUCCAUGAAAAUCACUCUAGAAACUAUGCAAAAUAUGGUUGGUUGAAGGUUUUAUAGUAAUUUUCUCGUAUUUAAACAAUGCAGCAAUAAGAUCAUGUGGUUUAAAUCAUACCUAUUUAUCAAAAUGUUUUGAAUAUAAAAUUUGACUGAAGCUAAAGGGUCAAAUCAACUUUGCAAAAAACUGAAUGACUCAGAGCGGUCUUAUCAAAAUUUAAUGUUAUCAUCCCCAAAAUAUUUGAUAAAGAUAGAUCGGACGAAGAUCACACACCUUUUCCCUCAUUUCAACUUAUUUUCAUCGGAUACUUAAGUUAAUGUCUCGAAAUUCAAUGGGGUCUUCUCUGAGGUAAUCAAUUUUUUUGUAGAGUUGAUUUUAUGCGUAUGGUUUUCGUCAGAAUUUAUUAGUUUUCAACUGUCACUUGUCAAUCACAAGAAUCAGGAAGCCUCAACUUUUUUAGUUCAGUAUUAUGAGUGAAUUUUCAACCAAUUACAGCCAUGCUAAGGAAGGACGUCAUAUGAGGCUUCUGACAUUGCCAAUUCUCCUUUGAUAAAAUACGAAUUUUCAGGGAAAUAUGUGAAUAUAUUUUCUUCAAUUUUUCCGAGAUUUCUAUUCGCAAUCAGGUCUGAAUUAUCUGAAAAUUGUAAGAGGAAAUGUUCAAAACUCUUCUAUCAAAUAUGUACUCAGUUUAUUGGAGGAUAUUUGUCAACUCUCAAAUGUUCAUGUCGUUUUCUCUCAGCACGGCAGAAUAAGCCUUACACACAGCUGCUGUUUCAGUUUUUCGUAAUCAUGUUUCAGAAGUUUUUUUGUCAGUGAUCAGAUCGAAGGAAUUAAUGACUUCCCUGAUUGGUUUUAAUAUUUGUUGUCUUCAAAGUCUAUUUCAUGUAAAAACAGCUACCUACUUACAAUAGUAGAAUUUGUUACUAAUUGUUUAAGUAAAAAAAGGCAAAUAAAAAGGCUAUAUUUUUUUA